UAGAAAAUUGCUGUUUUGAAAGCAUCUGUCAUAGCAAGACAGCGAAUUAAUUCAAAUGACCACUUUCACACUCAGAACUCCUUCCUCUUCCAGUGAUGAGGACCUUCUCACCAAGCUACAGACUAAAGAAGUAACUAUCGACGACAGAACUGAUAGUGAAGAACAUGAAACGUCUAGUUCUUCAUCGGAGGAAGAGAUCGAAUAUACUAGACCAUCAUUCAGUGUACCACCAGAAUAUUGGCACAUACAGAAAUUGGUCAAGUUUUUGAAAACUGGAAACCAGGCUGCGACAACAGUAGCUUUAUGUUGUCUGCGGGACCAUGAUCUGACUCAUGAAGUACACCAAUUUGCAAUUCAGGACUGUGGAGGCAUCGAAGUGCUGGUUAACCUUCUGGAAACCAAAGAUUUGGAGUGCAAGUUAGGAACUCUAACCCUCCUGGUAGAAAUGGCACAGAGCGAAACCAUGCGAAAAUGCUUGGUCGAUCUGGGUUGCGUGCCGCUCCUGGUUAAGAACCUGUUAGAACCAGCAGCGGACUUGAAGAUAUUGGUGGGAGAAGUAAUGCAUCAUCUUGGAUUUGUCCCGAAGGCUAGAAAAGACGUAAGGCACUAUGAUGGCCUACCAUUGCUCGUGGAUCUUUUGGAUGUGGAUGCGAAAGUUUUGAGGACACAAAGUAAGGAUUUAGCGGCUGAUGAAGCGGAAACUGUUAGAUUAGCUCGUUCUGCAGCAAGGGCUCUUUGGUCCAUGUCGAAGAGCAAGAAGAAUAUGCAUAUCAUGAUGAAGAGUGGGUGUGUGGCACUGAUGGCUAAGCUUUUAGGGUGCGUCCAUACAGAGGUCAUGAUACCAAUAUUAGGUGCCUUAUCCCAAUGCGUCGUACUGCCAGCUUUUCAAAUGGCUGUGUGUACGGAAAGGAUGGUGGACGAUAUUGUGAAGAACCUUUACGAGGGUAAUUCCUCAGUACAAAGAUAUUGCUGCGAGACUAUAUUUUACGCUGCAGAAGACCCUGAAACCAGAGAUAUGGUGAGAAAAGCCGGAGGUCUACAGCCGCUGGUGUCGAUUAUAAGUGAUCCCAACAAUAGGGCUGACAAAGAUCUUCUUGCUGCUACCACUGGUGCUAUCUGGAAGACAGCAAUCACCCCCGAGAACGUGCAGAGAUUCGACCAAAUGCAAGCGAUCAAUGUACUCGUGAAACUCCUGGAGAGUCCGGAUGAAGACGAGAGAGUGCUGAGUAAUGUGGUUGGAGCCUUGUGCGAGUUCCUCAAGUUUUCUCACAACAGAGACGUUCUAAGAAGGUCUGGGGGUAUACCUUACAUCGUGAACCUGCUGAAUUAUACUUAUCCACCUCUGCUGGAGAAUCUUCCUAUGGUUUUACACGAAUGCGCAGAAGAUGAGGAUUCUAUGAGGAUUUUGGAAGACGUGGACGGUGUCAGGCUCAUUUGGUCACUCCUGAAGAACAAAUCUCUUCAGGUACAAGCAAACGCCGCUUGGUGUCUGGUACCUUGCAUAAGGAACGCUCUAGAUUCUGGGGAGAUGGUCAGGAGCUUUGUUGGAGGGCUGGAGAUAAUAGUCCAGCUUUUGAAGUCAGACGACGUGAGAGUUUUAGGAUGUGUGUGCGCAGCAAUCGCGGAAAUAGCAAAGGAUAUCGAGAACCUCGCUGUUAUAUCAGACCACGGUGUUGUUCCACGUCUGGUCGAUCUGAUAGCAACUGAAGACGUGUUCCUGAGGGAGCAUUUGUGUUCGGCCAUAGCCUUCUGCUGUGCUUGGGGCUCGAACUGCAAGAUGUUCGGAAGGUUGGGCGCCAUAACACCUCUGGUGGGUUAUAUGGCGGACAACAAUGAAAAAGUUAACAGGACUGCGGCCAUAGCCUUAUUUCAUCUUUCGGAAAACCCAUUCAACUGCAUAACGAUGCACGAAAGUGGCGUUGUCAUAUUUUUAUUGAGGAGCGUGACGUCGGAAGACCAUGAGCUACAAGAAGCUGCUGCAGGUUGCUUGGCCAAUAUUAGAAAGUUGGCCCUGGAAGCUGAGACUACUCAUUUGAUCAGGAAAAAAGACACUUCGAGUGAAUCGUCAGAUGACGACUAAACUACUUUUAAUAUUUCGUAAUAUUUUACUUAUUUUUAAUUAUUAAUUUUCUUUAUAGUAUUAUUUAUUGUUUAUAUUUUUUAAUUGUAUACAUGAUUCUCGA